AUGGAAGAUAGAGUUUUGAGAACCAAUUAAAUAAUUAAUAGAUAGUAGGAUUAUUAAACAUCAAAAUUAGGAUCUUUAGGAGAUAAUCAAUAUUUGAAAAAAGAAAAUUGGAGACAAAUUGAUGAUAUAAACAAAAAAGAAUUUGGUAGUUAUGAAAGAUAAAAAUAAAAUGUGGAAACAAAGUUUAAUUAGCAAUCAUACUAAUAAGUUGUUAAUAGUUAAAUAGAUAAAGAAUUAAAUAAUUAUAAUUCAAAACUUAAGGAAUCAUAUUAUUAUGAAUAAGCAAGACCAUAAACAGCUAUUUAUUAAUCUAAAGAUGAUAAAAUACAUUUUAAAACAGAAGAUAGAUAGAGAAUAGAAUAAUAAUAGAUAGCUCAUUCAUCUGAUAAAUAUUUAUUAAAAUAAAGUGGAUUACCUUUUGGUAAUAGAACUCCUAUGGAUCCAAAAACUAAUUUUAAUGUAAAUACACCAUAAGACAGAUAAAAUUAAAAUACAUUUAAAAGUGAAUACUAAUAUUCAAGUUUAAAAAGAGAUUUUAAAUUACCAGAAUAUUAGAGAAUGUAUCCUGAAACAACAAAUAAUAAAAAUAAUUUACGUGAUUAAAUCGAUAAAACAGAUUAAAAGCAAGGAUAAGAAUAGUCAAGUUUUUUAGAUAUUGAAAAAAGAUUAUAAUAAAGAAGAGAAUAAGUAGAGAAAAUAGCAGGAUAAUAAGAAAUAAGACUUAAUUAGUAUUCAAAAUCAUAAGAAUAUUCAUAAAGAUAAUAAGGAUUAGAGAAUAGUUAAAUAAAAAUGAAAUAAUUUUAAGAAUAACUUAGAAAUGAAGUAUAAAAUAGAUUAAAAGAUUAAUGUAAAUAAGAAUAUAGAUAAUGUAAUUUAAAUGAAGUGAAAAAACAAUAUGAAAGAGAAAUUGAUAAUAAAUAAAAAAAUAAAGAAAUACUUGAAUUAGAUUAAUUUAAAUAUACAUAAUUAGAUGAGAAAUUUAAAAUAAUUGAUAGGAAAAAUAAUUAUAAUGAUGAAAAAUCUUCUUUUUAAAAACGAAUUAAUACUGAUUCUAAAUACUAAUAAAUAUCAGAUUAUGGAAAAUAUCAUUUUAGUUAAAAAUAAGAAUUAGAUUUACAUGAUAAAAAUAAAUAUAACGAUAGAUCUUAUUAUUAAAAUAAAUCAUUAAAUGAAGAUACAUUUGAUUUAAAAUAUUAAGGAAGUAUGUCUAACGAAUCCUAUGAUAAAUUACUUCAUAAAGACAAAUUAAAUUAUAAUUCAAAAUAACAAUACUAAGCUAGAAAAGAAUAUGAUUAAUCUUAAGAAAUUUAAAGAAGGCUUAAUUUAUAUGAUAAAUUACAGUAAUUUGAUCAUGGUAAUAAAAAGAAAUACUAAGAUGGUUAAAUAUAUUAGGCUUAUAAAUAGGAAACUAAAAUUUAUGAUUUAAAAUAAUCAAUUGAACCCAAAAAUUCCUCUAUUGGUUAAUAGUAUGAUCUUAAAAAGAAUGAAUAACAUUAAGAGAAAAUAGAGUUUAAGAGAUCACAAUAUUAACCUGAAAUAAAUUAAAUUAAAGCAGAGUUGGAAAAAAAGUAUGGAUAUUUGAAACCAGAAAUGGAACCUUAAAUGUCAGAAUUUGAUAAAAGAAGAAUUUUUAAUAAUAGAUUUAAACCAGAACCCAUUUAAACAAAAAUUGCUGGAUCUAGAGAAUAUUUAGGAUAAAAAUAUUAUUAAAGAGAAUAAUAUCGUUAUGGAUAGAGACAUAGUUAUCAUGAAGAAUCAUCUAGUAAUGAUGGUUAUGGAAUAGAAAAAGGAAAUAAAAGAAAUAAUAUCAAUAAUAAAGCUAUUGAUGACAUACUUUAAGGAACAGCAUUAAGCAAAUAUAUUGAAAGAGAGAAAAAAUAAAAUAAAAUGGUAGAUAGAGUUAUAAAUAGCAAAAUAAAUUAUUAAAAAUCACCAAUAAAUGAUAAAGAAUAAUAUUAAUGUUAUGAUAGAUUUAAUCAUUUAAAAAGAUAACUAGGAAAUGAUAGAUAUGAAAUAAAUGAAAUUUAAAGAAGAUAACCGUCAGAUUAAAAUAUAUAAAAAUGUAAUUAUUAACUUAUUUUUAGAUUGCAGCUCUGGUGGUUUAAUAAAUAAACAAUUUGGAAAUUACGAUAGAAAAGAGAGAAGAAUUUGA